ACCGCUUAGCCGAAGCUCAUUAACUUUGUAAUGUUUUCAUACCAGCUAAUCAGUAUGAGGUAAUUGUGAUAAUUCGACGCUGAUGUUCCUCUUAAGACCGGUCGUCCGCCUGCAAUGUCGGCUCUCGAAGGUCUAAUAAUAAUAUCUUUCCAUUUAGUCGAUAUAUAGCAGUUAAACACGACGCCACGAUACAGUUGUAAGCACACGGUUAAUUGUUCAACAUUGUUGAUCAACAAUGAAUUUGCAAGUGCUGAUCGUCAGUGUACUAAUAAGUUUUGUAUUGUUUUUCUGUAGUUGUAACGCGAAAUUGGCACCCGACUACAUUCGACCAUGCAACGACACAUCCCGAGAAUGUCUGGUGAAGUCAACACAGGAUGCGAUCCCAGAAUUCGUUAAAGGGAUCCCUGAACUUGGUGUCGUUUCCUUGGAUCCCUUCGUCAUCGAAAGACUGUCCAUCCCUCUAAGUGGAUUAACCUUCACCUUCUAUAAGGGAAAAGUGACGGGAUUCAGAAAAUGCAUCGUCGAUGACGUCUUGUCAAACCUAGAAAAGCGACACUUUGCCCUCGCUUUUCACUGUAACCUCACAAUCAAAGGCACUUAUGACGCUGUCGGAAGAAUCCUUCUAUUCCCCAUUGACGGUGCGGGUGAGGCCAAAAUACGCCUUACUAAUCUUAGAAUGAAGGUCGAUAUAAACACAAAAUACGUCAAAGACAAAGAUGGUGUCAAUCAUUUUGGUUUGAAGAAUUAUAAAUACACUUUCGACUACGGAGAUCGUGUCUCAUUUGACCUUGAAAACUUAUUCAAGGAAAGCAAGGAGCUCAGUACCACAGUGCUACAUUUCCUAAAUGAAAAUUGGCGAACAGUAGCAGAAGAAUUUGGAAAACCUAUCGUGGACUAUGCAGUAGACUUGGCAGUAAAAACAAUUGAAAAGUUCUUUGUCGCAGUACCCUACGAAGAACUGAUAAAUGUACCCAUUCCUAAAUUCUAAAGUGAUAGUAAUUUUAUGUACAUUAGUUAGUUUUAAAAUAUAACUUGGUUUUAAGAUA